AUGAAUACAUCAAUUGGUUCGAGAUGUCAAUAAAGUUUAUCAGUCAUAUCCGAUGUAGCUUUGUACAGUGUUUAACUCAUACAUCCAUAGCGUAGAUGUACAUACAUGAGAACACUGUGUAUUUUCACCAUGAACACGUCAUUAUUCAAACUCGUCCAGAACGACGCACCUGCAUGGUUUAGUGCCUAAGCUCCGCCCACCUUCCCCCAUUUUCAAGUCUUUCAAAUGUCGUCGUUUCUUUGUCCACUGUGUUUUUGUUGUGUCAUUGUACACGUGUCGACCCAAACACAGCUCUCAUUGCGACAUUUAUAUGUUUCCAAACGCAUCUUAAAUAAAGUUGUUUUGGAUGGUUUAUUUGUUUUUUAUUUUUAUGUCAAGUUCUUCUCGCUCUUAUUGGCUUUGUGCUUUUGUUUCAAGGAGAUAAUGAGUUUGCUGGAUGUACUGUACUCCACUGUAACACUGCUCUUGUUGAAAAUCGAACCUGUAUUUGUACCUAAAUUAAAGUCAAUAGGAUUUUGGGGGAAUUUUUUCGUUCAAAAAUACACCGGAACAUAACAUAAAAUAUUAAAUAACCAAACAUGUAAAAGGCACUGUAGCAGAGAGGCAAAUGGAUGAAGCACAUCAUAAGUCAAUAGAAUGAUUGGUCGUUGUUUUGGUGCUUGUGCCAUUUUUCCCUUCUCCAUCAUUAAUUCAAGCAUUUCUGUUGCUGCAUUAUGCUUCAUUUUGUGUCAUCUGGUACCUUCUCAAUCGUGUGACAGAUCAUCGACCUUCAACCAUCACAUCGCCAUAUCAUCCACGUGUAGAUAGUUACUACCUCUCACAACUUCACCAGUGUAUAAUCUUACUGCUUUGAUGAAUGUUGUACUAACUGACUCAACUCUCUCUCUCUUUCUGGUUUUUCUGUUUCUCUUCCGUUACUUUACGUUUAAAUUUAUGUUAAAUUUGCUUAUCCAAGAAACAACUGAUCGGAGUUCGCCGAGAACACAGCCUACUGGCUACGCUUACAAACCUGUCUUUUCAACGCGAUCUUAUCAGGCGUGGUCGGCUGUUCCUGUCGCCGUCCCUGGGCAAGCCAGGUCUGGGUUCGGUUCCCCCACCAGCUCUUCAUCCAACACGCCCUCUGCCUCUCCACUGAAGUCCGUCUGGUCCAUUACCUCAGCCUCGCCCAUCAAAUCCAACUUGGGAGGAUCCCCGGCCAAGUCAGUUAGCGACAUAGCCUCUCCCAUCCGGUCCUACAGAACCAUCUCAUCCCCCAUCAAGACUGUAGUUCAGCAGGCCCAGUACCCAGUUCAGGUCAACCCCACCCUCCUGUAUUCACCUGGCAAAAGUGCCCCAGAUCCCGUGUCGGUAAAGGGCCUGGCAGCGCUGUCGGCUAGGACCUCUCCUAUCACCACCGGAGGGGGAGCGGCUCUACUGGAGAGAUCGUCCAUCGCCAUGACCCCGCCUGCCUCCCCCAAGUCCUCCCUGAACAUGUACAACUCCACUCUGCCAUACAAAGCUGUCAUAGUAGGCUCUGGUGCAGCCUCCAACUCCUCCUCUUCCCCCAUAAAAACGGUCCCAGGCCUCUCCUCGGUACGCUCCGGAGCAGAGCCCUCAAGCCCCUCGAGGGGUCUGUUUUCCUCCCUCUCCUCACCCAUUAAGUCCAACCCGCCCCCCAGCGCCGCAGCUUUGAUAAACGGAACGGUUUCCCCCACAAAGUACCGCUCCUCCUCCCCAACAUCUCUGCUCCCCAGCAGCCUCCAGGAGCGGAUACAAGCCACCACCAACGCGGCCACCACCAGCGUAAACGCGGCCUUCGAGGAGGUCGAGAAAACGUUCAACUCCUGCUCCGCGGGGUACGGGACUCUCAAGUCCUUGUCCUCCUCCGCCUCCUCGUCCUACCAGUCCAUGAGAUCUUCCGCCUCCAGUUCCCUCUACGCCUCUCUGAGGUCGCCCCCCAACUCCACAACCACCGUCACAUCCAGCACCAUGACUGUGCCGGUCUACUCAGUUAUGAAUGUGCUGCCAGAGCCCCAGUUUAAAAAGCUCCCUGAGGUCUCUAAGUCAGCAGCUGCCCUCUUAUCCCCCCGGAAGACAGCCCUCCCUGAGGCUAACGUUCAAGCGCAGUCGUCCUUUGCCAGAACUCUCUCACCCGUCAAAUCCCCCUUGUUUAUGUCCCCAGCUGCCCUCAAAUCCACCACAUCUUCCCCACUGUCGUCCAGCCAAGAAAUACUAAAAGACGUGGCAGAGAUGAAAGAGGACUUGAUACGUAUGUCGGCCAUCUUGCAAACAGAAACAAAUUCUGCCUCAAAAGGCUUCCAGUCAGACUCGCCCAAAGAGGCAAAAAUAGAGGAUGAGGAGCCAUUUAGGAUCGUAGAGAAGGUGAAACAGGAUUUAGUGAAAGUGAGUGAGAUACUGACUAAGGAUACAGUCAAGGAUGGCAAGGCAGCCCUCACCAAGUCUGCCCUGGAGGAGGCACAGUUCUCAAGAGUGCCAGCAGAUCCGCCCGCUAGCAACUGGAGUUAUCCUCCGAGAUACGAAACCGUAGUACCGCAAAUUAAAGCAAAGACUCUACCAGACAGAGAAUUUAGUCUAGGAAAAGAUUUAAAGCUUAGAAGUGAGGAGGGUAGGAGAGACGGAGAAGAAAAACAGAAACGAGUGUUGAAACCUGCCGUUGCCGUGCAGGAACACAAGCUCAAAAUGCCACCUAUCAACAUGCGCUCCUCUGCUUCAGAAAAGGAGCUCUGUAAACUGGCAGACGUGCUGUUCGGGCCCGAUGUCGUCCUAGACUCCCCAGACGACAUCUUGCACGAUCAGGACAAAAGCCCUCUCUCUGACAGCGGGUUCGAGACCAGGAGUGAAAGAACCCCUUCUGCCCCUCAAAGUGCAGAAGGCAUGGGCCCAAAAGCACUCUUCCAAGACAUUCCACCAGUUAUCACUGAGACUAGGACUGAGGUAGUCCAUGUCAUUAGGAGCUAUGAGUCCCCAGAGGACAACAAACAGCCAGGGAUAGAAGAUUCCAGGGCAGUUAGGUACAUAGAUUCAGAGCCUAAAGGGCAUCUGAACCUGAACGCAUCCACACCCGAUCAAAACAAAUGCUUUCAAAUUAAAGUCAGUCCCGAGGAGGACAACAUGGGCAAAGGCAUGCGAGUGAAAGAGGAAACUCACAUCACCACCACGACACGCAUGGUCUACCACAAACCCCCUAGCAAAGAGGCAAUGUCAGAGAGGUGUGAGGAAACCAUGUCCGUUCAUGACAUCAUGAAAGCGUUCCAGUCAGGUAGGGACCCCUCCCGAGAACUCGCCGGACUGUUUGAACACAAAGGAGGAAACGAGGAAUCCUCCCAAAGGGUCCUCGAGGACAUGAACUCAAAACCCAAAGUUGAAAGGAUAAUCGAAGUACACAUCGAAAAGGGAAAUAAAACAGAACCGACCGAAGUCAUCAUCCGGGAGACGAGUAAUCACCCGGAGAAAGAGAUGUACAUCUACCAAGGAAACGGCGGUGGGAUGAGGGAGCUGACUCACAGAGGGGACUUGGACUGUAGCCCCCGGCAUGAACACGAGGAGCCCGAGGAGUCACUGCCCUGUUACCUUGAGUCCUCCAGAGUACACACACCCAUGUCACAGGAAGAGGACAGCCGGCCCAGCUCCGCACAACUCAUGGCUGACGACUCCUACAAAACUCUCCGGCUCCUGAGCCAGCAGUCUGUAGAGUACAACGACGACGAAUCGUCGGAGCUCCGGGGAGAAUCGUACAACUUUGCGGAGAAGAUGCUCCUCUCUGAGCAGCUGGAGUCAUCUCACUCUGACACAGAGGAGUACCUGAGAGACAGGUCUCGUUUCCACUCCCCAGAUAGGAGCAGUCAUAGUGAGUGUAGGUCCGGCGGGCCCAGGACAGAGUACGUGUUGAGGUCAUCAAAGAACGUGUCAGACAAAUCCGGCAGAAUGUCCAAUUCAGAUGAUAACUAUGACAAGUUAACGCUGUUACAAUAUUCUUCGGAGCCAGGUAGUCCAAAACAAUCGGUUUGGAUGCGGGUCACAGAUGACAGACAGGCUAAGAACAGAGAGAAGAUAAUUUACGAAGACAGGGUAGACAGGACAGUCAAAGAGGCGGAGGAGAAGUUGAGUGAGGUGUCUCAGUUUUUCCGUGAUAAGACCGAGAAACUUAACGACGAGCUGUCCUCACCUGAGAAGAAAUCUCGCAGGCCGGACUUCCGGGAAACACGUUCUGGUCCUAGCUCUACUCACAGCAGUCCUGAAAGAUCAACUUAUAGGAACAGUGGCGAGGACUGGAGCAGAGACAGGUUUAGAGACAGGUUUGGCACAAACGAUAGGAAAUGUGCCAGCUUACCCAGCAGCCCAGAGAGGAGAGUCCUGCUGCAAUACGAUGAUAGCGACAAAAGCAAACAGGGAGAUAGCACCUCACAGGGAAGCACAGGUGAGGCCCCUAAACCUUUUCAAAUGUCAUCCUCUAAAGUCAGUGCUGUGAGGCUCAAAUUUGAGCAAGAGGCUCAGAAACAAGACAUUAACCCAAAAUGGGGGCAAAAUUCAAACCCCCCUGUGAGAAAACUGCAGGAAAGUAAACUUCCGGUGUACCAGGUUUUUGCUGGCUCAAACCUUCCCCAAACGCCAGACAGCCCAGGAAUCCAGAGGAGAGGUUUAGACAGUGACUCUAGAGGACAGACUCCCAGUGGUAAUAGGUACAUGUCAUCCUCCCCUAAGCAUACUACGAAUGGAAAGGAACAGGAAGAGAUAAAUAUAUUAAAGACUUGGGAGAGUCAGGGAAAUGGGAACUACAAAUCCCAACCGACAAAGCUAUCUCACAUCCUAGUUCCUGAUACAGUAAAGGAAGGAAAUGGUGCUGAAUCACUGAGGGAGCAGUGUUUCAAAGAAGGGAUGUCCAGUAAAGAGGAGACCACCCAGAAAAUUAUAUACACUGAGCUGGUGGUCCGAGAAAGCCCAAGUAGUUCUGAUGGACGCAAUGUUAGUCUAAAAAAAAACUCGGAAUCACAAAUUCCUGUUAGAAUUCCCUCUGGUUUCUUAGAGAAUCAUCAGUCCACCUCAUUAAAGCUAGAUCCCUCUGUUAAACUGGGCGAUAGGGCAGGGUCACAUAUACCUACUUUAGCUAGAAAUAGGUUACACAGUGGCUCCGAAGCCAUCAAAUCUACUAAUGUGUCAUCCAUAGGAAAAUCCGCAGAUUCAUUAAGUAGUGUAGUGUGUAAUGGUGUUGAUAGCGACCAAGUAGAGUACUUGGACCAAGUAACUCCAGUUGUUGUGACCGAGGGUUUCAAAGACAUUAAGCCGUUGCCAGUUUAUGUUAGCAUCCAAGUAGGCAAGCAGUAUGAAAAAGAGACCGCCACUGGGCAGCUUGGAACCUACAAGAAGAUAGUGAGUCAUGAGAGCAGGACAGUACACGAGACUCGGGGGGGGUUCCACUCUGUCAAACAACAGCCAGCGUCUCCUCACGGUAGUCCAGAGGACGACACACUAGAGCAGGUGACGUUCAUGGACAGCUCUGGCAAAAGCCCCGUCACUCCAGAGACUCCCAGCUCAGAGGAAGUGAGCCUGGCCUCCAGGACGCCAGACUCUGUCAUAGGGUUCAUGCCCGGUAUGCCAAGCCCGAUCCCCGAAGAGUCAGAGGAAGAGGACGGAAAGACCUUCAUAUACAAGGAGUCUCCCCAGGAGAAAGCCAAGCCGGUCUCAUCAGAACCCCCAAAUAAAAAACAGGAGGCGGGGCAACGAACCAAAGAGAAAAGGGUGGCAUACAUCGAGUUCCCUCCACCUCCACCCCUCGAAGCGGAGCAUUCCGACCCUGAGAAGAGGGGGUCGUGCGCUUCCUCAGAGGCCGAGACGGAGAUGAUGGAGGUGAACCUUCAAGAGGAGCAUGACAGGCACCUCCUGGCUGAGCCCAUCAUCCGGGUUCAACCUCCCUCCCCGGUGCCCCCUGGAGCUGACGACAGUGACUCCAGCGAUGACGAGUCGGUCUUUCAUCCCAUCCCGACGAAAAAGUACACCUUUAAGAUGAAGGAGGAGGGAGAGAAGCGUCUGAAGGCCAAAAAGUCUGAAAAGAACGUGACUCAGAAGGAGUCUGCCGUCAAUGGCGUUGUGAAGGGAGAAGAUGUGGACUUUGAGCAAAACGGCAACGACCAGUCAAUCACUGACUGCUCCAUAGCAACGACCGCUGAGUUUUCCCAUGACACGGACGCCACCGAGAUAGACUCCCUCGAUGGAUACGACCUUCAGGAUGAGGAUGACGGGAUGAGUGAACAAGACCCCAAAAGCUCCAGCCUAUCCAUGGACGGUAAAAACACAGACCGUUCCUUCAACCAGUCAAAGCUGGAGGUCAUAGAGGAGGAGAAAACACCGUGCGAAGAAGGCGGGGGAGAGAACGCAAAGUCGAAAAGCUCCGAAAACAACGAGAACGAGGAAAGGGAUUACACCCUGGAGGGAAGACAUCCUGAGAGACUCACUCAAACUGAGAACUACUUUGGGUACCAACUAGAAGAGGAGCUCAACUCCACCUUCAAAACCGUGGCCACCAAAGGCUUAGACUUUGACCCUUGGUCCACCAAAGGGUCAGAGGAUGGCGUGUACGAAGCCAAAGCAAAAGAUGAAGAUCCUAAGCCUUUUGGCCUAUCGGUGGAGGACAAGUCUCAGGCCACCACACCAGACACGACCCCCGCUCGAACCCCUACUGACGAGAGCACUCCUACGAGCGAGCCUAACCCCUUUCCCUUCCACGAGGGGAAGAUGUUUGAGAUGACCCGCAGUGGUGCAAUUGACAUGAGCAAGCGGGACUUUGUUGAAGAGAGGCUUCAGUUUUUUCAGAUUGGUGAGCAUUCCUCUGAUGGGAAAUCAGGGGACAAGGGGAAAUUGGGCCAGAGCCCUGGGGUAGUAGCUACCCCCCAGUCAAAAACAGGGGAGAGGGCGGGCGAGGUGACGAUAGACACCACAGACAGCACACCAGCAAAGUGCAGCCCUGCACAGACUGACACUGGUACUGGCUGUCCUGAUGUCCUCUCUGGUGACCCGGUAGCCGAGACCACCUCUUCGUGCACGAUCACGGCCUCUAAAGUUGACCCCAAAUUACGCACCCCCAUUAAGAUGGGCAUAGCAGUCUCCAUAACUGUGAAAAAAGACUCAGGGGAGCUCCCAGAUGGUAAAGCGGAGCUGACGGAGAGUCACAUGCCAGAGUACGUUAGUAUAAAUAGUCAGCUGGGGGAGAAUAAGACCAGCAGACACGCAGACCCAAAGAUGUCGGACACAAGAGAUUACCCUGCAGAGAACUGCAAUAACAACAAUAACCUAGAGUCUUCUAGCAUCCAGGCUAACUAUAUCCAGUGUGGUAGUGUUGUGUUUAAUUUGCAGUCAUCCUCCGAGCCCACCCUUCAGAAAGCCAGCAGGAUCGAAACCUUGUUCUGCAGGGACUCGGCAGAUAGAGACAGCGGUAGUGGUCAGAGUGAGCAGAGAAAGGCCGAAGCUAGUCAGGAGGCAGACGUGAGGCAGCCCAAGUCUAGACUACCAGUCAAAGCGUCAGGAUGGUCGUUUCACACGCAGGGCACAGCCAUAGGGAAGCAAAAGCCCAGACAAGUGGUGAAGGCAGAGGUCAGGAAGAGACCAGAACCUGCUGUAGCCAAGGUGGAGCCGAGGUCUAGAAUACCAAUCAAAGAUGUUAAACGAAGCAGUGCCAGCAGCUCUCCUAUAUCAGUCCAGGUCACGCCUCAGUCUGCGAGGGUGGGGUCAGGCAGAGUAGCCAUUCAGCUGCCCUCCAGGCUGCCACUGAAAGACAGGCCACAAGUCAGCGUCACAGGUGAGAUGUCAGGGGGCAGGGAGAACCCUAGCGAGGUAUGUAAGCGCACCAUCGAGUACUUUAAAGGGAUUAGUGGGGAGACCCUAAAGCUGGCCGACCGUCUGUCAGACGAGGAGAAAAAAACAGAACAGUCGGAGGAAGACAGCACCUCCCGGAGCACCUCUCUGUCGGACGCCUCCUCCCAGCCCUCCCGCUCAUCCAGGUCUGGUAGAGGCUCGAGGGCUGAGGCCGGGGCCGGGGCCUUAAGGGCAAAGGUGGACAGGGCCUCCGGCAGUGAGAGGAGCAGGAGGAGUAGGCGGACUGGUGGGAAGGAGGGCAGUCAGGGUGCGGCGCCUCGGGCGCCCCCCGUCGCGGAGAUCAAGCCUAGUCCUCAGAGUCCGUGCGAGCGGACGGACCUGCGGAUGGCCAUCGUGGCUGACCACCUGGGCCUCAGUUGGACUGAGCUGGCUCGGGAGAUGAACUUCUCUGUCGAUGAGAUCAACCACAUCCGUGUGGAGAAUCCCAACUCUCUCACCGCUCAGAGCUUCAUGCUUCUAAAGAAAUGGGUCAGUCGGGAUGGAAAGAACGCCACAACGGAUGCCUUAACUGCAGUGCUGACCAAAGUCAAUCGGAUGGAUAUUGUGACCUUACUGGAGGGGCCGAUAUUUGACUAUGGUAACAUUUCAGGCACGAGAAGUUUUGCCGAUGAUAGCGCUGUUUACCGGGAUCAGGCUGAUGAUUACCACAGUAUACUAGCUGAGCUGCAGUCCCCCGUCACCCUGGGCUCAGAAUCCACCUUCAUGGAACUCCACCCUGACCUUCCUACCCCCACCCCCACCCCCAGCCCCACCAUCCACCACACCCCUGACGAGUUCCUCCCAGACUCAGCCCCCCUAGACCUCACCAAGCACCAGCCCUGGGACGAUGAAAUGGGCCUUAGUGUGGACCUAGAGAGCCCCCCUAGGAGCCCCCCGAGACCUUGUGAGCUGGCCCUCUCCUUCCCCGUCUUUGACCCCACAGCCCUCUCUGAUGCAGCCAUGGAUGUGGAGGGGCAGGUGCCUUUACAACACGCAGAGAAGAUCACCAAAGUGGAAGUGAAGCUCAAUCAUUGUCAGAAGUCCUUUCCCUCCACCGAGGAGAUUGAAGCGGAAGAAGAGAUCGCACUUCCGACGAUGCCAUCGCUCUCUCCACCGUCCUGUGAACAAGGACAAGAGCAGGAGACCAGGACAACGGAGAGCGGGAACGGAGGAGAGAAGGGCGAGCUAGAUAGAGAGGUGGGAGUGAGCGGUGGGGGCGAGAGAGAGAAGGAUAGGGAGGAGAACAGUGUGAGGGAGAUGGAGGAGGUGACAGAGAAAGAUUCAGGGGAUGCUGUUGAGGGGGGAAUGCUGGAAGGGGAGGAGGGGUGUACGGUGGCCCCAGAGGUCCAUAAGAUUGAAGAAGUGUUAGACAUUGUGUCAGAAAAGUGGGAUAUGAUGGAGGACAGCGGUGAAGCGAAGCAAGACGAGCAAAUGGGAACCAGCGAAGGAGAAAAAGAGCUGGAAGAGUGUGCCGAAAAAAUAGAAAAGAGGAAUAGUGGGUUGCAAGAAGCUGAAGGAUUGCAGGAAAGGGACAGGAUAGCAGAGGACGGGGGUGAGGCCAAGCUGUCUCUGCAGUCCUCGGGUGAGGACGGGGGUGAGGCCAAGCUGUCUCUGCAGUCCUCGGGUGAGGAUGGGGGUGAGGCCAAGCUGUCUCUGCAGUCCUGGGCUGAGGCCGUGGAGGAAGACAGAGAGUCUGGUUCCAGCGAGGAAGAAGAGGACAGAGAUGAGAUGACAGAGGACAAGAUCAAGUCUCUGUUGGAAGACGUGAAGCUGGAGGGGGCAGAGGAAGAGGAGGAGGGCGAGGAGAUGACGGAGGCCAGGGUUCAGGAGAUUCUGAGGCAGGUGCAGCAGGCAGAAAAACAGCUGUGUUCCAAUGUUCCAGGUUGGAACAGCGAGUCGUCCAGCGUGAACGUGGAGCCGCCCACACCUGGCCGCAGCGUGAGCUCUGAUCUACUGGAUCGCCAGGAAAACAGCCAGGAGAACUCCAGUGACUCUGUCACUUCCUCAUCCAGGGCGGAGUCAGGGAGGACACGGCACAACGGCAACCACUCAGAGCCAUCGUCUCAGGACACCUCACUUCCUGCUCCACAGGACUCAGCCAAUGGCAGGGCUGGACUAGGAAAAGAGGAGGGCACAUUAGUGUCUGAGAAUAAAGUCCAGCAGCGUGUUAAUUUAGAGUCCGGCUCGGACGAGGAACAGAUCAUCACCACCCGGGUGUUCAGGCGUCGGGUCAUUCUGAAGGGAGAACAGGCAAUGCAUGUUCCUGGCGAGUCGAUGACAGAGGAACAGUACACAGACGACGACGGCAACCUCAUCACUAGAAAAGUCAUCCGGAAGGUCAUCCGGCGAGCGGCCACACCCACGCCUGAAGACCAGGGGGGGGAAUGGGGGAGGAGGGGUCACGGAGAACCCUGGGCCGCCCCUUCCUUCCAGGAGGAGGAAUCUGAGCCUGGGGAAGGGGCUAGGAGCAGCAGGAGGAAGGAGGACAGGAGAUCCGGGGAGAAGACUCUUCACUCGUAGAACUGCAUUCUCCUCCCGUUAGGGAUCCCAUCAGUUUCCAAGGCUUGAAGUUACUGAGACCGGAAAACUCUAGGACGAGAAUUUCAGCCGAUGGUGCGGUCUGCAACUUCUACUUCUACACAAGCAUGGUUUUCAAGAGAGAGGACUUGGACCGUCUGAUUUUAGCAUGAGCAUGAUAAACUCACUCCCUGUCUGAAGGACCUCCGAUGUCUUCACUUCCUGUCAGCUGACCAGGAAGAUGGUUCUGCUUCCUGUGUGUGACUCAAUACGUGCCAUUGGUCUGUUGGUGCCGUGAGAGCUUUUUUUGAGGAGCAUAAUCGUCGUGACAACGCUAAAGGACUCCCGUAAAUGAAAAGCAUACAGACGCAACUGAAUACACACUUCCCUGUGACCAAAGAUGGCACAAGAACUCAUUUCAACUGUUGGGAGAGAAAAGAAAACUUAACAAAACAUGAAAAAAUCAUGAAGAUUUCUGAACCACCUCCAACACUCGCCUUAUAGUUUUUUCUUGGACCCAUUAAUGUCAGGAUGUAAAUUGUUUUGAGUUUUUUUUCCUUUUUAAAACCGAAUAUAACACAAAGGCUUUUCUGUAUAUAAAUCAAAAUGUGUAAAAUUCUAAAAGGAUGAGUAACAGGAUGAGAAUGCACUGACAAGCGAGAACUUUACAAGUGCUUUCAAAAUUUAUCAAAAUGGUUCCACUUUUAAAGGAGAUUUGAGUGUAACUUCACAUGCUCUUGUAUAAUUAAUUAAUAUAGCAGGUAUAAUGUUUGUAUAUGAAAAAGCUGGUUCGAUUUUAACAGAGGAAAUUUCCAGAAAAAUCUUCUGCAAGUUUCAAGAGUCCCAAAAUGGGGAUUUAUCUAAUCCAGCUAAAGCAGCCUUUCAAGAGUUCUCAUAUUUUCAUGCAUGCUGUUCACAUUAUUUUAAGUACAAUUUUUACAAGUUUGCAAACACUGUAUUAAAACGAGAAAUAAAACCCUUUAUCUGUGUACACACAUAUAGCCCUAACAUUUGUCAUCAAUUUUAUAUUUGAAAAAAAAAAAAAAAACAUUAAACCAUUUUGUGUGUUGACGAGGAUCAGGAUGAAGAAAAUGGCUCCAGCUUCUUGAG